CGGCGGGCGUCUUUGUGUAAAAUAGACUUCUGCCGUGCCACGUAGCCUAAGUGUUAACGAAGAUGCCGCGCUACCCGCCGGAUCGUUGGUUUGAUUAUACCUCAUUGGGCGUCCCGGUUAAAGGGACGCGUUUGCUUCCGAUAAAACUACCUAUACCAUCAGAAAAGUCCAGCAAUAUUCCUUUUCAUUUAAGAUUUACACUAGGUGACCUUAUUAACUGUGUUGAAUCAUACGACCAAAAAUUGACGUGUGUCAUAGAUUUGACAUAUGCAAACUAUUAUUCGCCAAAGUUCCUUCAUGAUAAUAAUAUAAGUUACCAUAAGAUAUAUGUGGAAGGACAUACAAUCCCAAAUUCGAAAACUGUUGAACAGUUCAUCAAUAUGGUUAACAAGGAACGUAAACAAUCUCCAGAUGGCAUAAUUGCUGUACACUGCACACAUGGCGUAAACCGAACGGGUUAUUUAAUAUGCAGGUAAUGUUCGCUACCAUACUACCUAUUAGUCUCAAGAUAUCUUAUCGAUUUUAUGAAUAUAAAUCCUAAAGAUGCUCUUAGAGAAUUCGAAUGGGCACGUGGUCAUCCUGUCGAAAGAGAAAAUUAUGUUGAAGAUUUGUUGAAUUCUGUCAGUAAAUUAGAGGUCACAAACGUUGAAAACAAUAGAAGUGCGUGAAUAAAUGUACAUUAGUGUCAUUAUUUUAUUUAAUGCUUUAAAAGUAAUAUCCAAGCACUCAGAACCUUUAUGAUACUCCUAAAGCUACUACAUGUUUUGUUGUGAGAUAAGGUAUUAAACAGCUAUUUUCUCUAUUCAUUGCCUUUCAUAAAUUACGAUGCAGAAAAACUUGGUAUUAUUGUAAAGGAAUAAAAUCAUUACUGCGGCUAAUAAAAUUACUUCGCAGAAAUGCGAAAUAAUAUUUUUGAUAAACAUUUUGUUUAAUCGUUGAGUGCCGAGGCUCCGAACAAUGUAGAUAGUUGCUACAAUAGAUGAUAAUUACGAGUACAUUGAAAUCGACAAUAAAAAUAUUUUUAUUUAAUCUUGGCUCUAGUAUCCUAAAGGAACAAAUGGCAUAUGAACCAACCUUUGGUCACCGGCUACCGUGGGUCUGCAUCUCCUAAAGUUGCUCCACUGCCUUGUGGAUUAGACCUGUAUAUCAAAUGCUCGAUGUGUGACCUAAGAUGUCUACACAGUGACCUAGAGGCUAUGAGUUAUCUAUCCAACCCUUAGUUGGAUAUCUGAUAGGUCCCAUGCCAAGACGAAACAGCUGUUCAUUGCUUUCUUGUUUUCACUAAAUAUCAGUCACAUCGCCUAACCAUUACACUUGAUCCUGUAUAUGUUUAGAGACGUACUCUGAUAAAAAUCACUUUCAAGUUCAACAGAGACAUCAGAUAAAUUUUACUAAAAGAAUGUGUCAAUUUCUAACGAAAAGAGUGAAUCAACCAAUAAUAUUUGACCUAAACGUCCAUUUAUUAAGAAUCAUUUAAUCCGAGAUUAAUUAUUACUCUGAUACUCUUUAUUUAACUGCUAAUCCUGAAAUUGUACCAGUUGCAUAGACAUGGUUAACCCUUGUUACUGAUUCAUUUCGUUGUCUCUGCUACCGUAAAGUAUAUGUGCGUUUAUUAUCCUUUUUUAAUUGACGAUCUUUCGUUUUUGUACUAAUUGUUUUGAUUUAUAUUUUAUAAACAGACUAUAAUUGUUUGCAAUAUAUAAAGUUAGACCAACCGUAGCUGCUACCUUGACGCGG